GUCGCUACAUUCGUCGACCUUGCUUCGACUUUGCCGAGUCAAAGUGUUUCGACGACAGAAGAUUCCAAAACGUACUCGAGAAUUUUGUGACAAGUUGCAGCACCGAACAGAGGUUAUCGAAGUUGGAAAGCAUCACCGAUACAUUACAAGUUAAAGGUGAAAUUAUUUCGAAGCCGAUACAUAUAAAUUGCAGAAUUAUGGCACUGAAUAAGCUCAGCAUCGACAAAGUGGAUUUAACGGACAAACGGGUUCUGAUACGGGUGGACUUCAAUGUACCAUUGAAAGAUGGCAAAAUAACCAAUAGUCAAAGAAUUGUAGCUGCACUGGACACUGUUAAAUAUGCUCUAGAAAAGAAAGCCAAGUCUGUCGUAUUAAUGUCCCAUUUGGGUCGUCCAGAUGGAAAACAAGAUAUGAAGUACACUCUAAAACCAGUCGCGGAAGAAUUAAAAUCACUACUUGGAAAGGAGAUUUUGUUUUUAAAUGAUUGUGUUGGACCAGAGGUUGAAGCUGCUUGUUCCAAUCCUGCCCCUGGAACUAUCAUCUUGUUAGAGAAUCUAAGAUUUCAUGUCGAGGAAGAAGGCAAAGGAUUAGGACCAGAUGGGAAUAAAAUAAAAGCGGACAAAGACAAAGUGUUGGAAUUCAGAAAUUCACUGAGAAAACUCGGAGAUAUUUAUGUUAACGAUGCAUUUGGUACAGCGCAUCGAGCUCACAGUUCAAUGCUGGGAGAAGGAUACGAAACAAGGGCAAGCGGUUUCCUUUUGAAAAAAGAAUUGGACUAUUUUGCUAAAGCGUUAGAUAAACCAGAAAGACCAUUUCUGGCAAUACUAGGAGGCGCAAAAGUUGCCGAUAAAAUACAACUGAUAAAUAACUUGCUGGAUAAAGUUAACGAGAUGAUCAUUGGUGGUGGAAUGGCGUAUACUUUCUUGAAAAUGUCGAAAAAUAUGAAGAUAGGUAAUUCGUUAUUUGACGAAGAAGGUGCGAAAAUAGUAAACGAUUUAUUAUCAAAAGCUGAGAAGAACAAAGUUCAAAUACACUUACCAGUCGAUUUUGUUACCGCUGAUAAAUUUGCGGAAAAUGCUGCCGUCGGUUCAGCGGAUUUAGAAAAUGGUAUACCAGACGGUUGGAUGGGCCUCGAUGUUGGACCAAAAUCCAGAGAGUUGUUUAGCGAACCGAUCAAAAGAGCAAAAACUAUCGUAUGGAACGGUCCCGCAGGCGUCUUUGAAUUCGAGAAUUUCAACAAAGGUACAAAAAGUCUGAUGGAUAAUGUUGUGAAUGUUACGUCGCAAGGCGCUAUUACCAUAAUUGGGGGAGGCGAUACAGCCACGUGUGCCGCUAAAUGGAAGACCGAGGAUAAAGUAAGCCAUGUAAGCACCGGAGGUGGUGCAAGUUUAGAACUUCUCGAAGGGAAAGUCUUACCCGGUGUAGCAGCUCUAUCUCCCUUGUAAAUUAGCGAUCUUUAUGUUUCAAAGUAUCAGUUGGCAUUCAAAUUUUAAAGAUAUCGAUUACGUUUGGGUAUUAAAACUGAUGCUGAUGCUGAUGCUGAUGCUGAUGUCUGAUGUCUGAUGUCUGAUGUAAUUGGUCGAAUGUCUUAUCUAACAACUUCGUUAUCAUUUCUGUGCAAAAAGCAUUGUACUCAACGAAACAUAAUUCUCGUUAUUGUACGUAGAAUAUAUUACUAUUAAUUAACCAAAGCGAAUGUAAACACGCUCGAAACACAAUUGUUUGCAUGAACGCGCAUUAUGAUGUGCACAAUUACUGUUAGAGUACAAAAGAGAAAAUGUAUGUAGAUACUGUCAGCCGUCGUAUAAAAAAAAUGUUAGGUAGUAGAUAAGAGCAAUGUAAAUUCACCAGUUCUAUAAUACAACGUCAAAUACAAACAUUUAAUUACUUCGAUAAAUAAAAUUCACUUAUUGUAGAUUCCAUGAUAUAUUGACAUACCAAUUAAAACAACGGAAUGCUAUUUCAUACAAAUCAGAGUGUACAUAUACAAAACAUGGGGGUUUAAACAUAAUAUGUAUAGACCUCGUAGAGAUCUAGUAUGGUCGUAAAUUAACACCUACGGAUACCCGCGGUAUUUCAAUCCGUGCCUUGUAUUUUAUUGUAAGGAAGAUUUCGCACAAUAAAAGAAUAACGAUUGAUGACUAACGGUAUUUCAUUUACAAGCAGAAAAACUGCAAAUAUUAAUUAGUAUUUACAAUAUUUGGAAUAUUUGGAAUUUUUUAUUUCAAUAUAUUGUACGAUAUAUUGAUGGACCGUUCUGCGUAUGGGUCCGAUCGACGGUUCAGGUUCUUAUUUCCUCAUAUUUCUGUGAAUUCGUAUGUCCCGACACUCGAAACAUGUUUACAUUACCACUCGACUGAUUUUACGACCACCCUAUAUGUAUGUAUCUCUGCGAGGACCAUUGAGCUCUAUCCUAACUAGAGUGUGAACAGUGGUUUGGGAGCCGGUCAGAGAGAAAAGAAAUGCCGUGUUUACACAGAUUACAACGUGGCGUCUAUAUCCCCUGCCUCUAUACGCAAAUUUACUACAGAAUAGUACAGACAGAGAUGGACACUAAGAAGAAGAAGCAUAGGUUCACCGCAUAUUUUUUAUUUCUCUCUGACCGCUGUUGUCGCCUUUACGUCUUAGCACAGGUGUUCACAGUCCAGUUAGGACGGGGACUAUACCAUCCUAAUAAUGCUGUGUGUAUAUGAAUACACAGUAAAGCUCCCUUAAACAUUCGAACGUCGCGUCAGGUUUAGAACUGUUAUGGAUCCAAGUCGAUGCAUUCCGCACAGUACAAAUUUCAUUUGACUUUGGCAGCAGCGAUGGUCGCAGAAAAUGAAAGAUUGACUGAGCGUCGAGGUAGCCGAAAACGGUUUAAAUGCCUACGUAUCAGCGAUACAGCAAUAAUGCAACGAUGAAAUUUUGUUGGUCUUGGGUUCUUUGUUAAUGAAAACUUGA